CUAGUAGCGGAAUUUAAAUGAAGCAAACCGAUCGGUAGGUCGGAAACCUCCUCCUUUUAACAGUUCUACGCGAUUACAUAUUUAAGUGCACUCUGGCGGAACAAAGCAGUUACCCCAGGUGCCCUGACUUCAGACAGGAAUUUAUUUACCUUUGGUAAUUAUCAACAUGGCAGAGAAACCUCCGGUGCAGACGCAACCUGGACAAGGUGGGCAGUGGAUGAGCAUGCCCCAGUCCAUUUCUGGUGUUCCCCCAGGGUUAGAGUAUAUGGCGAACUUGGACCAGAUGAUUGUUAAACAGAGAGUGGAAUUGCUAGAGGUAUUUACUGGCUGCGAAAUGAGAAAUAAAUAUGACGUUUUAAACAGCGUUGGACAACAGUGCUACUAUGCGGAGGAAGAAUCUGAGUUUUGUAACCGAAUUUGCUGUGGACCAAUGCGAGAAUAUGUAAUGCAUAUAACAGAUAACAACGGCCAGGAGGUGAUGAGGAUCGCCCACGACUUUGUUUGCUGCGUAGGAUGCUGCUGGUGUGCCACAGAUUCUUCCUGUGGGUAUGAAGUCAGAAUCGAAGCUCCAGUCGGAAACAUUAUCGGCUAUGCAAAACAACAAUCUUCGAAAUGGAAACCUCACAUUCGCGUUUUUGAUGCCAACCGGCAACCAAUGUACGUCGUCCGUGGACCGUGCUGCUGGGGAUGCCAGAAUAUCUGCUGUACAGACGACAUUGACUUUCCGAUAAUGGACCUGUCAGAAACGAACAACCUGGGCAGGAUGUUUAAGCGCUGGGCUGGAUGUGGACGUGAAAUGUUUACCGAUGCUGAUACAUUUGGGGUCACAUUCCCAAUGGAUAUGGCUGUACCGCACAAAGCCAUGUUGUUUGGAUCUCUCUUUCUUGUGGAUUUCCUCUACUACGAGCAACAAAAGAACAACAACAAUUAAAAAAGAAAUGAAAGAACUAUACAGGGUUUAUAUUAAUUUAUAUUCAGAGGAGGGGUACCACUGCUAUUACUUACAAAUGAAACAGAAGACAAACCAAGAAGAAAAUUGUAACCAUUUUUAUCGAUAUAUUAUAUUUAUUUUUAUACUUUGUGAUAUUCAUUGACAUUUUAGUAACCUCCAUACAUUUUAUAUUUUUAUUUUUGUUACAUUUGUUUUAUUUUCACUUAAAGUGAAGCAAUCUUGAAGAAAAAUGAAAAGGAUUUAUUUAGCAGACAAUUUUUUAUUUUACAUUCCCUUAAUUUACUGUAUUUAGAAACAUUGCAUCCAUAUUUUUUACUUAUGCUGGCUCAACAUUGAAUUCAGAGGCUUGAACACAGAUUUGAAGUGAAUACAUGUAUUUUAUUAAAAUUUUUGUAUAUACAUGACUUACAUGUUGCUAGAAAAUUUCAGUCAGAAAUAUUACAUGUAUACAUAUAAGCACAUUUAGAAACUUCCUUUUAAUAAUUAUUGAAACUAAAUAUUUCGGUACGUGUUUGACUGACACACAAAAUGAAUUCCAAGAAUUUGCAUGUCAAUUCAAUUCAGUUUACUAACCUUACCCUUAUUUUAAUUAAAAGAAAAAAAAAUCAAAUUGCAAACAAAACAUCAAUACAACAGUUCCAUGUCCCUUGAAGGAGUAAGACCCUUUUUGCUAGGGGAGUUCAAUCUAAAAGUGAAAGAUCACCAGUUUAUUUUUAUGUUAAUUUAGUUUUUAACAUUGAUUUGUCUUAAAUUUGCUCAGUAUAUUAAACUUAUUUUAUGUUUAAGGAUACAUGAUAUAAGCUAAAAAAUUGGAUGUCUGGAUUGGUCAAUAUUUCAGGCACUUUUUGGGUUGUAAGUGAUGUGAUUAAUAAUUUUUCAAAAUAUUCAGAAAUUGCGUUCAAAAUUCUACCUUUCUGCUAACAUCAUUAUCAGUCAAUAGAAUUUUUUGUUACUUUAAAUUGCAACACUAUUAACCUUUGAAUUAAAAAAAUAAAUUUUAUGCGGCUAACCUUAUUCAUUUUACUGAAAAUUGUUACAUGUAUUUUCACCAUUUGCGAAAACAUUGUUAUUUUCAUCAUUUUCAAAAAAAAAAAAAUGUUUACACCUCUAUUUUAACCUCAUCUACAGAAAAUUCCAAUUUAGCGACCAAUUGUUUUUUAUUUUGCAAAUUUGUUUCUAGAAUUGUUGAAAUUGUGGUUUGUAUUACACUAUGAACAAAAUGAAAAAAAAAAUGUUGUUUUUCCUUCAUGUAUUGUUUCGUUUUAUAAUUGUGGCUGAUGCAGAGCUGUUUUUUUAAUCAGAAUUAUUUACUUAUGAAACUUUUAAUUUUGUGAAAGUGUGUACAUUUAUGAGAAUUUAAAAAUAUUCCAAAUCUUAUCGGAAAUUUUUACCAAGUCUGCUUUUGAUGAGAUGCGCCAUACUGUCUCUUUAAUAAAUGACACUAUUACUUUUCACACGAUCA